AGUUUGCCUUAAACUCUACAUCUGUAUGCUGUAAUAGCGAUAUAUUAAAAUUCUGUCAUGACUCCGAGGCUUUAGGGUCAAACUUGAAAAUUUUUCACCACUCCAUUGUCUCGCAAUUCCCAGAAGAGACUUGAGCACAAAGAAAACCAAACCAAAUAUAGAAAAAUGACCAGAAAACCUCGGAGUCAUGUUCAAAUUUCAAUAUAUCAAACUUGGACUAUUGCCUUAUAGACAUGGUUUCAGAUCCUUUUAUUAGUUUUUCAGUGCAUGCCUAUGAAAAUGGUACUUUACUAGGACUGAAUUUUUUGCUGUGGCUGAGUUCAAAAUUACUGUGCUUCGUUUUCCUCAGAACACAACACGAAUUUCAUAUCUCCUUAUUGUGCUACAAGAGGUUUACCGUUUUUUGGCCCUCAUCCUAUUGCCCUAGUGUUUUCUUCUUCUACUACCCUUUUUUUCAUUUUGUUCUGAACAGAAUAAAGCUUCCGGUAAGGACGCGACAAAGUUUUUCCUUAUAAUAAUCUCCAGGUCAUUUGAUACAAUCUGGUUCAAUUUUUCGAUGCAAAAUUAGAUUUGAUGUAAGGCUUGAUACCAAGUUCAAACGGUUGAUUAACAUGACCUCACUCGCUACUUGCAAAGAUUAGCCUGAGAGAAAGAGUGACGAACAAAGCGAGCGGCAAGAGAACGAGCGCCGCAGCUCGCGUAUGUUUUUCACAGUAUCCCCCUAAUAGAAAAGCGUGCUAGCAGGCUGCAAUGGGCGGCUUAUAGUAUAACCUUUAUUAAUAUAAUGCUGCGCUCAAUUAAAAAUUGCACCGCAACAUUAGGCCAUCAUUGGCUAAUACUUGGUCAUCGUAAAUUAUCGUUACUAUCAUACAAUAUCGCACUCAUCGAGGUUUUACAUUCGACCAUAAAACACUCCAAGAAUAUAAACUCCAAUUAAAAUGAAUUAAUUAACGCUAUAUUUCUUCCGUUUGAAACAAAUGGCUCUUUGACUAUAGCGUUUGAAAAAUACAAAAACAAUAUUUGAAGAUUUCAUUGCACUGCGAAAGCAUUUUAACACCGGAACUCAGAGUGUGAUUGGCAAUGAGAACGAUGAUGAUCAACUGAGCUUUUACGGUGAAGUUCAGUAACUAUGAGAAGGGAAUGUAACACUCGGACGCCAAGCAACACUUGUUCAGUUCCAGAAAAGCGUGGAGAAUGAACCAAAUUAAAUAGGGUAAGUAAAGCCUCGAAAGAAAAUCUACAGCUCCUUAAUUUUAACCACGUCCCAGGAUCGACUGCCGUAUAGGUCAGUGUAUAUUUCGUAAAACCGCAGUUAUGGUUAUGGUUUUAACUAACAUGUAAACUAUUUCAGUCAUUACAGAUUCACAGUUUCUCAUUAGACUGCACACAGUAGAGACAAAGAAUGCAUUAAUUGCUGCCUAGGUUUUAUCUGAACUUAUCUUGAUGGCUAUUUGGCAUAUAUAAUUCGGACUCCCUCGAUACACAAAAAUUUUACAAUAAACUGAAUUUAUCACUUUCCUUCUAUUUUAUCGGCAACAGUUUAUAACAGUAAUUAAAAAGCAAAGCAAUUAUAGUAUAAUCCAAAUUCAACUUCGAUCGUCUGAAAGGAUCCCGCCAGCAAGACUGACUGACGAAAGAAUGAAUGAAAGACGAAAAUACUUACAAACCUAAAAUAAAACAUUAAAAUGCUUUUAAUUUUAAAAGAAUAUGUUUGCAUUUAUAGCCAAUACUGUUAAGUGCUACAGGCGCUUAUUGCUUACUAGUUACUUGUCCCAGUAGUUUUGUUUGUCACAAACCAAAAACUUUGACCACUUCUCGAACGCGCACUCGAAUUUUAGCUUCUUCUAACAUUAUAGCGGAAGCAAAUUUACUAGUUGAAGUUGUUAUAAUUUCAUUUUACGAAAAUAGCCAGUAAAAAGGUUUCACAUUGUAGACUGCGGUAAGAAUGGAGCGCUUUUAGCAAGUCUUUCCAUCGCAAAUUUUGCCGCAGAAAAAUAUUUGUUUUGAAGCAAUGUAUUGUAUUAGAAAUGCCUGUAAAGCUCUUCCCUUUUCCAAAUAUCAGUCUCGCGUUUUAUUAGUACAAAGGAACGUUUUCCAGUUUAUUCAAGGCUUCUAUAUACUGAUAAAGUCAAAAGAGAAGUUCGCGAUUUAAAAAAAUGACAAUAAUCAGUACUGUCAACCAUGCAUAAUAUCAAAUUGAAGACAAUAGCCCCACUAAAUAAGUAAAUUAAAGGGACAGUGUCCCGAUAAUGCGCACGCGCGAGCGUCAUCUGUUUUUUCUUCAAAAGACAAUAGAACUGUCAUAUUGACUCGACAAGAUUUCCUUCCGGACCGCACCGCCGACGGAGAUUUGUUGUUUAUAUUCUCAGGCAAUAUUUUAGACUUUCGAAGAAAUCUUUUGUCUUAUUUAAAAUUUGGCUCGCGGCAAGAAGACUCAUCGCGAUUUUAUCGCUAGCAGGGCCGUCUCGCGACCCGAAAAUCUCUUUCCGCUCGCUUUAAAACCAGAUUUUCUAAUGUGAAACUUGUGUCAGAGGUCAAUUGUUUCCAAGUCCAGUAAUAUCUGCCUGUUUUGUUCGCGUUCUAGCCUCAAACGUUGGAAAGAUAGAAAUAAAAAUGCAAUCUCAAUCAUCGCAAAGGUUAGUCAAAAAUUAUAUUAUGAUUUCAUGGAACUAGUUUUUCUAAACAUGUAGCGCCUGUUUGUUUGAUUUCGUCGGCCGUGGGGCGAUUCAGUUAAAAGUUUACUAACGCGUCGUUGCAGAACAUUCUGCUUCACGAAGCUCCCCUCCACAAGAUCUCCUCAGUCACAUUAAUGUCUCAAUGGUUUCUUUCUUACAGUCUUUAUUGUUGCUGUUUCAUUUCUGCGUAUUCCUUUCACAAUUAUCUGAGCUUGUAUGGAAGCUGGCAGAAGAAAUAAGCCUUCAAUCGGCAUCAAAGCGCUUAGCAACUUUUGGUCCUCCGGCCAACGGUAAUAAAAGUAACGCCAAAAAAUCCAGAUUUGGCCCAAAUCGAAACUUAACAGGAACAAAAUAUCAUUGAUCAGUAAUCCUGAGAAGAUUUAAUGUAGUAUUGAACUCGGCCAAGCGCGAUGCAAACGGAUUUUUCAAGGUUCUCUUACUCUCCUCGCAUCUUUUGAUUUCGGGACAUCCUGUCCAAAAAUCAAAGUUUGGUGCAUGCGCAGUAACGAGAUACUGUUCCUUCAAACGAGAACAUGUUGAGCAAACAAGAGGGCUAAUCGAGAGCGACAGUUUAAGUCGUGAGAGGUGAUAAGGCAAUUAAAUACAACCUUAAAUGCUUAAUAUACAACUUAUUCUAUAAUUAUGCUGAAGACAACUGACUUUACGUAUGUCCUUUUCUAACCAAACAUCAAAGAAUAAGGUUUAUUUCGAAAAAAUAAUUGUCGGUACCACAAAAGUAGACCACUCAUCGCCAACCUUCCCAUUCCCGGUCCAAAAAGAUCGACCCCUUGUUCAAGACGCGUAUUAUAAAACGUGAAAUUGUUUACCCUGUUAAGACUCAAGGCUUUGAAUAUCCUAUCCUCCUCAGAGACACAAUGAGGCCAAAUAAGGGAGUACCCCCCUUGGUAGUCUGUUCAAACAAUAACUACAGGCUUGCUAGUUAGUAAGAACUCAACCCCACAAAAAUAUCUUUUAGAGUCGCUUUAAAGGAAAAUUGAACCUCCCUUGCCUUUUAUAACCAAGUCGGGUUGAUAUCAUUAUUUUAUUGUAAAGACUUUGUGUGCGUUAACUCAAUUGAUUAUAUUUAAUGUGUAAUUUCCAAACGAAACAUUAAACACGGCAACAAGAUGAAAGUUUAAAACUGUCUUCCAGAACGAUAGAAAAUAAAUCAGGAAAACCUCAUUUUUUGUAUCUCAUCAAGCACUGAAAAAUGUUAGAUGGUUGUAUUAACGUUGCCAAAUAUUAAUUAUGUAUUUGUCAAUAGAAUUCUAAAAUACGGUUUUUAAAAAAAUCACGACUGAGUUAUACUAAUAAAUUUUUUUUAGAAUAUUUUCAAAAGGUUUCGAUCUAUUAAAUGAAGGUUGAAAGCCUUUCUGGCAGUGUUUGAUCUCACUUUAGGGAGAAUUAAGUUCUGUCCACUUCCCCUCGUGUUGUGGAUUUUCUUACUAACACUGCUAUCAAUUUCAAUAAACUUACAUUUGUGAUUAUUUAGUGACGAAAACUUUAGAAGUGGUUGUAUUCCAGUCAGAAGGCCCUUUAGCAUAGUCAAAAAUACCUAAUAAAAUUUGUACCUAUGUAAUUCAUGUUCCCAUAGGUAUGAAGUUGUUCUGUUAAGAAGUGAAUUCAUUACAAAAAAAAAUCUGCUGUAAAAUCUUCGUCGGCGUGUGAUUUAGUCUAACUUCAUGCUGAACUCGGAACAAAAAGUAAACACAGGAAGUUAAAAAUCCUAACAGUACUAGAUAGUUUUUGGAUGAAGAAAUUUUCAGUCAAUAUUUAAUCUUCAUUAUCAAUCAGCCCAACAGUAAUAAUCAAUUUAUAGUAAACAAAAACUUGUUAAAACACGAACAAAGAAUCAACAGAAAGGAAGAAAAAGCUGUUGUUAAACUAACGUGGCCUAUGUUACUUACGACGACCAACUCGAGCAGAAAAGAGUUCACAGGUAACAAAUUUUCCAGCUUUUUUCAAGUCCUUUGAGUCCGUUUUUUUUCGCUUCGUAUCCGUAAUUUGCGCUUCCUAACGAUUCAUAGUGAUCGGCAAUUGUUUUGAGGCUUUUCAUGCAAUGCGAGUACCCAAAAGGACUGGAAAAUCUCACUUUACUCGCAAUGAAUUCGCGAACUGGACUGUAACUUAAAAUAUAAGAGGAGUUACAAUUUUUUUAGUUGAUCGGAGAGUCUUUCAAAAUCUGUUUCUCGAACGUAGUAAAGUUUGAAAAUAUAUACAUCCUUGGGUGCGUUUUCUUAAAAGCGACGAGGGGCACAGAAAUAGGUGUGACUGAGUAAGAAGGCAACUGUUUUCUGUAAAAUAUCUGUUCGGAGAAGCAAAUAUUUCCUAGAAUUUCCUAUUACUUUAGGACGGCUAACAAUAAAAAUUUCUAGAUGACUGUACCAUGUACAAUUUUCGAAGGCUAUCUCAUAAAUCCCUUGCGAUUUUCUAUUAAUAGUUUAAUUUUUCACAUUUCACUCCUCCGGUUGGGCUAUUUUUCGUAGAUAAAAGGAAACUUAAAAUUUUCGGAUUCAAAAAUGUGAUGAAGAAAAGAAUUACCAGAAAAUCAACAGUUUGGUAAUACGUUAAAUUACAUCUAAAAUUUUUGGUAAAUUAACCUGAGGCCCCUGUAGUUUCAAAAAAGUUCAAGUUCCUCUAGGAUGACCGAAUAGAUACAUUUUAGAUCAUUUUAUAGCUCCGGUUAGAAAUGCAUUUCUAGCUAUCUAAAAGUACUCUGGAUUAUAGCCUAAAAAGUGUUUUCAAUGUGUUUAAGAGGAAACCGUCGUUGGCUGCCCCUGAGAGUAAGUUCACGAUAAAUUGAAAACUGCGAGUUUUAGUAAAGGUUAAGGAUUCAGCUGGAUUUAGUUUUUAUGAGGGUCUUCUUCAGGCAAACAUUAAACACGACACUUUAAGAAAACUGGUGUUAGGAUUUGUUUGCCCAUUUAAUUGAUUUUAUUUCUGACUUUAUUUUCCAACUUCGUCUUCAGAAAAUUAAAACCCUUAAAAAACCGACACGAUGAGUACAGCGUGUAAAGUUUCUCUAGCUCUGUUGUGUUUAUUUGCUGUUGCGUCAUUCUUGGUCUUGACAGCAGUGGCGGGCAACAAAAGCAAACAAACUUCGAGCAAUAUGGUGAGUCAAUUAACUUUCUGCGCGGGACCAUGCCUGAUUUAAGUGGAACAAAUGAUGGCAAAAAAAACUUCAAGAACAGAACUUUGCGCAAUCCAAUAACUGCUAAAGAGUACUUUUCUGUGAGUAUUUAUCCAGUCUCGGUCGACGUGAAGGAAUGUCCAAAUAAUGGAUCGCAUCUUUCAAAAAUCGUGAAAAUCGUGAUAAGGUUGCAAAGCUCAAAGAUAAAUGUGUAACUGUUUCAAUUUCAAUUCCGAUAAUUUAGAAAAAAAACUGUAACAAUUCAUAAUAAAUGAUGGCAACUAAUACUAAAGCAAGAUAUGGGAUGGAUUCCUUUAAAAAAUAGGAUGGUUUCCAUGACUUUAGCAAAGUCUCGCUCUUUAUCAGCAAAAAUAAUUUAGAAAGAGUUUUAGGGAACUUCUUAAAUCCAUCAACAUCAAUCAACUAACUUCGUUUCUCGAAGUUUCGUCGUGUCUCAACCGUAUAUCUAACGAUGCGUUAGUGUAAAUUUUUUCCACUACACUUAACACAACGAGCCAAAUAGAGUUGGGAAACAGGAAACGAAGGGAAAAAAAUAUUUUAAGGUUGUUUGCAGACAUUAUGAAAUAUUCGAUGGAACUUUUUCAGGGGUUUAUUUUCAGAAAUGCUGGCGGGGAAAUGAAGGGGUUAAAUUGUUUAAAGUGUGUCAUAAAGGCACAGUACUUUUCUUUCUUUUUCUUUUUUUUUUUCCCCUAGAGGUGGCUAAGCAUCGCCGAUGAGACUAAACCACUGAGGGAGUUAUUUUGCUCAACGCAAAAUAACACAUUUUAAAGUAACUUUUUGUUUAUCUCUAUAGCAAUCUCCCCCAUUCUGCGGGUUUGGUGGUAUUCCAGGCAUGCACGGGUUACCAGGCCGUGACGGACGUGAUGGCCGAGAAGGAGCGAAAGGUGACCCAGGAAGCCCGGGAAAGACUGGGCCCUGGGGACCUUCUGGUGUAAAUGGAAAAGAAGGUGUCAAAGGGGAGCCUGGUGUACGGGGUCCACCUGGUCCAAAAGGAGAGCGUGGACAAAGUGGACAUCCUGGGAACCCAGGUCUGAUGCCUUUUAAGAACUGGAAAGAGUGCGCCUGGAAUAAAUUGGAAGAUAACAAAGACAACGGUUUAAUCAAGGUAAAGGUUAAAAGAUUUACAUAUUUUAAUUAAUAUUACAUGGCAAAGUUCACUUUUAUAACCAAAUGAUUUUCUUUUCUAAGUCUAUUUCGUUAAUAUUUUAUAGGAAUGUGUCUUCACCAAGAACUUUUCUGACACCGCUCUUCAUGUGGCCUGGACUGGUGCCCUUAGAAUCUACAGGUGUACAGCCUGUUGCAAACGUCGGUACUUCACUUUCAACGGCGCAGAGUGUUCAGCUCCUUUACCCAUUGACGGUGUGGUGUACAUGUGGCAAGGUAAUACUCAAGAUCUUCACCGCGUUCGCCAUAUUGAGGGGCACUGUAACAACAUCCACAAAGGAAGGGUGCGCGUUGGAUUUUGGGUUGGUAAUUGUCCGAGUCACAAACCUGGUGACGCCUACACGGGGUGGCAGUCUGUGUCCCGGAUCUUCAUUGAAGAAGUUCCUAAGGCUCAGGCCUAGAUACCGAGGCAAAACAUUCCUUCCUGCAAAGAAAAACACUUGUCAGCUUUUUAAUCGAGGGUGCAGUUCUAUAGAUUACUAGCAAAUGGAUCGUGAUAGUACAAGUAAUGGUGUAAACAUAGUUGAUUAAAAAUGCAGGAUGCUUUCAAAUGUUGUGUUUGUGCUGAUCUCCCACUACAUGCUACUUUUCGACGAAAUUACGGCAUAGCUUGCAAUUACAGCCUAUGGCCAUUGUUUUCUACUUCUUUCUGUUUUCCGUAUUUAUUAAGAAGAAGUUCCAUAAAAAUGAAUCCAUAAGAGUUUAACAAAUUUAAAACGUGUCUGGAUACAACGACGUUUAAAAGUUUGUUUAUGUACAAUUUCCUAAAUUCUCCCUGUUGCUGUUGCAUAUAACAAAAUCGUAAAAGGGAUUUUCUUCUUGGAAUAUUUUUAAUAGGACUUAAGAAAUUAAAUGUCGUCAGUUGAAUCUACCCGCAUUUACGGCUGCAAAAAGGAUAUUUCUCAUAGCUGUUAGAUCUCGUCACGGCUUUUGUGAACCAUCCAUUGGCGCAGUACUACUGUUUCUGUGGCAAAAUGAAGGGUAAUAUUCUGUGCAUCUCCUUUAAAUUUGUUUGUUUGGUCUAAAACUGGGGGGCGAUAAUGGCUGUUAUUACUCGUUGAAACACCCAUCGGCAAGAGCAACAGGUUAGAAUUGUAUUUGACCAGGUAUGAGCCUUACUUUAAAAGAAAAUUCUAAACACUGCUUUCAAAACCGUUUUUCGUUUGUCGCAUUGUGCGUAAUGGAAAUUCUAAAUAAGUUCUUCACAUAACUAUGCCGGGUCUUCACAACAGAUAAAGUGACCUCUUAUUUUAAUUGCAGGCCCAAGGGAUACUCCCUUGGUGUCUGCUGUAUAGGACUAUGUGGCCGAGUCUUUCAGACUCUGGACCAAAAAUUGCAAAAAAUCAUGUCCCGUGAAAAUAAGUAACCAUAUUAUAGUCACUAUUUAGUGCUAUGAAGGGAUUGGCAGGCAUAGAGCAGCCUCCCUCUCGCCGAGAUUUUUCUUCUGAGCCGCCUAAGACACAAACUGAAAAAAAAACAUAUUUCCCAUCAAUUUUCUUCCAAAAAUAUCAAUGUAUCAUCGAGAAAAAAAGUCACGAGAAUUUAUUAAGAUUUUCACCAAAAGGAAAUUGCCUUGUUUUUUUUUUAGCAAAAUCCCUCAGCUUAUUUUCUAGGGAAAAGUAAGGGAAUCAGUCGGGAGAAUUUGUAUGUGGAUAUUUGGGACUUGGGUUAAGUUCCAUAAGAGAGACAUCAUCAUCGCCAAAUGGAGUGUGUUUGGUUUUUAUUCUGAUUCAUCCAUAUAUUGAACUAUGAAAAUCAUGGGAGAAAUGACAAUGUGCUUAGCAGUUUUCAUGCAUUUUAGAUUAUUUAUUGCUGCUUAUUAAUUCGUUUUCAUUUAUAUUGCCGUGGACUUUCUAAUUAAAAGCGUUGUUUUUCGUUUAUUUGGGCCCAUUUUCUGCAACAUCUAGUCAAGAUUUCAUUUAAUCAAAAAAAGGACUGUAUAAGUUGGAGUCUGUUCACUAAUUUUUGGAGAAUAUUUGGAUUAUCUUUCGAAUGUUUUUAAUAAAUAAAAAUUAGGUGGUACUGUUCAAAAAUUUUGGAAAAUAUUGGAUUUCGUGGUUUUUAACAAUUAAAUUAACAAGUGAAUAAUUAGUAGACCAAUACCAAUAGUCCACAACCACAACAAGCUAAAGGUGCCUCUGAGCCCAUUACCGGACUAACUGCUAUAUGUUUUCUACCCUAGUUUAAUUAUUUUCCAAAUCAACAUUAUUUCCCCAAAAAUUUCAACCAGGAAGCCACCUUAAAGAAGCUCAAAGUUUUCCUUAAAGUCAAAAGAAAGGGGACCCUUUCUGCUCUCUUGCUCCUAUAUCUGUAUCAUGCUUCCUUUUUUAAAGAAUUCAACAUCCUUCUGUAACUCAUGCAUGGCAUACCAGGUACACCUGGGAUAUCGGGCCGAGACGGGGCAAAAGGUGACCAAGGAAUUCCGGGAAAUACUGGACCACAGGGUCCUCCUUGCCCAGCUGGUGCAAAUGGUGCCAAAGGGGAGCAAGGUAUCCCCGGUCCGAAGGGGAGUCAGGAUCAAGUGGAAUGCUUGCUACCAGGAACUGGAAAGAGCGUGCUUGGAAAAACUCAGAUGAUAACAGGGAUUACGGUCUGA